AUGUAUGAGGAAGAAAAUGAAGAGGGCUUGCUCGGUGACGAGGAGAUAUUGUUCGAGUUUGCGCAGGAUAGUGGUUGGAUAGCGCGAUGUUCGCUGGGCCUAGUCGGCUCGUUGCAGCCAGUCCUGUUCACGCUACUUCUAAAGUAUUUAUUUUCAGGAUUAAUAAGCGAGCUUCAGUUGCAUAUCACCCUGAUAUUUUCUGGUCUAAUGGUGCUCGGAACACGAAACGAUUAUGGGUCACAAAUUUGUACAUACAUUGCGUUGACUGCUGCUCCGUUAUGUUUCAAAAUUUUGUUGAGGAAGCAUUUUGGCUUUAUCAUGCUGUUUUAUUCAAUUGGUAUGCUUCUCGUUUGGCAACAUGUGUUUGAAGCGGAGAAGUUCAUGACGAUGCGCGGUAUUCUGAUGAUCGUUGUGAUGAAAAUCACUUCACUUUCGUUUGAUUUAGCCAGUGAAAAGCAUGUAAAUAUCCCGUUGCUGCAUCUGUGCUCCUACUUGCUGGAUGGCUCAACGGUGAUCUUUGGCCCAUGGAUCACCUACAAGCAGUAUAAAGAAUCUCUCAUUUUAAAAGAAUAUAAGGUCGAAAUUACUGGUGUUUUUCGUGCUCUGGCAUUUGUUGCUGCCUCAUUGCUAUAUCUCAUCUAUUCAUCGUGCAUUAUUGACAGCUAUGUGGAUUGGCCUUACUUGGGGUCCUUUUUUGUGGCGCAAUCAUUUCGAUUUAAUCAUUACUUCGUGAGUUGGCUCUCUGCGGGUACAUCGAUGCUGGGCGGUGUCGAUUCGGGUGUCGUCGCUGACUGGAUUCGCAUCGAAUGGCCAAGAUCACUGGUGGAUGUCGUCGUUUCGUGGAACAUUCCAAUGCAUCUCUUCCUUCAUCAUUGUACGCUUGAUGCGAUCGUUUAA